AUGGGCUUAUUAGUGGAUAUGCCAAAACAAGGAUACGGCAAUUCCAAUGAUGGGAACACAAGUCGAAGAUUUUUUAAAAAACCGGAAAUAUCAGCUAGGAUUACUGGCGUAGAUAUACGUCUAAUAAGAAGAUUCAAAGUUAUUUUGGAAGUUAUAUCCAGUGGGCACAAAAUCAAUGUGGAAAAAUUCGGAAUUUAUACCAUGGACACAGCUAAACUGUAUGUACAGUUGUAUUCCUGGUAUCCAAUGACGCCAACAGUACAUAAAGUUCUUAUUCAUGGACCAUUGGUAAUACAAGAUGCAUUGGUGCCAAUCGGACAGUUGUCUGAAGAAGCGAUGGAAGCCCGAAACAAGUACGUUCGGAAUUAUCGCUUAAAUCACGCAAGAAAAUUUAGUAGAGAAGGGUGCAAUAUGGACGUUUUGAAGAGGCUUCUAGUCACGUCAGACCCUUUAAUAUCUAGCCUUCGAAAAAAUAUUAAGAAAAAGUCAGAACCUUAUACAAAAGAGGUUACAGAAAUGUUUCUCCCAAUUUCGGAAGCUGAAGAAGAAGAGGAAGAAGAAGAUACGGACGAAGAAACAGAUGAAGAAUCAUUCAUUGAUUCGUGA